UCACUGAAUUACGCCACAGAAAACAUGAUUAAAAUCGGCCAACAAAACAAAUAAAUUACUUUAAGACUUAAUGUAGCCACGAUUUUGACUAAUACGCUACAAUGUUUUUAUAGUACACGUGAAGGCAUCUUUUGCGUGAGGUGGAACCAGAAGCACACUUCAGCACAGCGAGCCGACCCAAGUGAAGUAAACGCAAUUAACCGGGGGCUUGACCGGAAAUAGCGGAUCUAAACCCUGUGUGCUUAAUGGUUUCGACCUCCAGCCUCAGCAGCAGAAUCCGCACCGCUCUCCGCUGCGUCGGCGACCGCCUUCCCCCACAGGACAGCGGCUGCACGUCGGACACAGAGCCUGCCUGAGGGAAGGCGGGGGCUGGUGUGGGGUGCGGACAGCUCCCGGCGCCGCCGCUACUGGAUGGACGAAUGGAGCCCGGCUGCAUGCACACAGCAAUGGCUAUGGGUCUGAUGUCGAAGAAGGCGUCCGUCCGGAGCGUCGGUGUGGAAAGAAAGAACCUCAUCACGGUGUGCAGGUUCUCGGUCAAGACUCUCUUGGAAAAGUACACGGCUGAGCCCAUCGACGACUCAGCCGAAGAGUUCGUCAACUUUGCCGCCAUCUUGGAACACAUCCUCAGCCACCGCUUUAAAGGCUCAGCCAGCUGGUUCAGCUCAGAUGGACAGCGCAGCUUCUGGGAGUACAUCCGGCUGGCCUGCAGCAAGGUGCAGAACAACUGCAUCAGCAGCAUCGAGAACAUCGAGAACAUCAGCACGUCUCGAGCCAAGGGUCGGGCAUGGAUUCGAGUGGCGCUAAUGGAGAAACGUCUUUCGGAAUACGUAUCCACUGCCCUGAGGGACACCAGAACGACCAGGAGGUUCUACGACGACGGCGCCAUCAUGCUGAGGGAAGAGGCCACGGUGCUGACCGGCAUGCUCAUUGGCCUCAGCGCCAUCGACUUCAGUUUCUGCCUGAAGGGUGAAACAUUGGACGGCAAGUCCCCGGCGGUGAUUGACUACACUCCCUACUUGAAGUUCACUCAGAGCUACGACUGCUUGAGCGACGACGAGGACCGGCGCAGCGUAGACAGCAGCAACAGUGAGGAGAGCGUGCCCGAGCAUCCUUACAUCCCGCUGGUCACCGAUGAGGAGAGCUGGAGUAACAAGUGUCGCAAGAUGGAGCAGCGAUUUAAGAUCGUGUACGCCCAGAAGGGCUACUUGGAGGAGCUGGUUCGCCUUCGUGAGUCACAGCUAAAGAACAUCGAGACGGACAACAAGCGUCUGAGGGCAAAAGUGGACGAGCUGACCUUGCAGAGUCAGCGCGAGAAGAAGGAGCUGGAGGCCGUUGUGCUGGAGCUGCAGGCUCAGCUCUCCUCCCUCAUGCCCUGUGACCCUUCCCACCUGGGAAAAAACCUUUCCAUCCCUCUCAUCAACCAGUGGACCGCCAUCAACGACCACCGGAGAGACGUCAAACUCUUCCGCAGGAGGAGUUUCCACAGUUUGGAGCAACUUUCCGCCAAGAACAGCCUCAACUCGGACUCUCAGAGGACCGACGAGAGGCAGAACGGAGACGCUGAUUGGACCUCAGCAGGAAAGGACAACACGCCAUCAAUGUUGGGCCUCUGCGGCUCUUUGGCGUCGCUGCCGAGCUCCAAGUCGCUGACCAGCCUCAAGUCCAGCGAGUGUCUGGUCAACAUCAGCACCGAGCCCAGCCCCGCGCUCUCCCCCAGCUAGGACACAGCACCCGACAACCCCUCCUCGCAUUUCAAUUUCCUCCCUCUCACCCUGAACCAACCGCCAACGUCUCCACGAAUGUACAGCAGGAAUUCUGGUCGUUAUUAUCUUUGCCUCUUUCGGUCUUUUUCUCACCCGCAUCCAUUUUGUUGUCUCUCGGACAUCACAACAACACAAACCAGAUGUCAAUACUGUCAAACCAAAACAAACACGCAGCAUUGGAUGUGACGCAACACCUCCUGUUUCGGCCUACUUCCUUCUUUGUGCGCUUUAAACCUGAGAUUAUUGUUAUUAUUACUAUUGUUUUGUGUUGCAAUAAACUGCCUUUUACAUGAUUGCA